AUGAGCGAUACGAACGAGUCCAACUCGCCCCAGCAGCUAUGGCCGUUCGGCUGCGACGGUCAAGACGACGACGUGGUCGCGACGGAUGGCAAGACCUCGCCCACUAUCAGCCGCUUGCUGGAGAGGGCUGAGGUGGAUGCUGGGGAGUAUUCUUUCGGUGGUCAGACCACACUUCUGCCCGCCCUCCCUGGACUUUUCAUUGACGGGGUUGGGUCGGUCCCUGUGCCUUUGACUGAUGAACGGAGAGACAAUGUACUUGCAAUCAGUGAACAAAAAAACCCAGAGUGGGCUAGUGGAAUGCGGAAACUGGGUGAUAAAGUGGGUGAUAGACUGGGCUUUAAGAGGAUUAAACUCCAGUGCGAGCUAAAGGAGCUGAUUAUCUAUGGACCCGGUGAGAAAGUUGACAAGCAUCAGGAGAGUAAAGAAGACGGAGAAGUGGCUACAAUCGAGGUGCAGCUGCCGUCGGAACAUGUCGGCGGAGUGUUGGUCAACGUCGCUCCUUAUUUACCGCAUUACGCCGCGUACUUUGCCGACGCUCCACAUGCUAGAGAAGAAGUGACGAGUGGGUUUCAGCUGAUGUUGAAGUAUUCGCUGUCGUUACCGAAAGAGAUGCAACACUUGAAAGAUGCCAAGGGAGAUAAACCACUGAGUGAAGAACUGGCAGAAGUGUUGAAGCUGAUUGAGCCAGAGGACGAGUGUUUUGCUUUACUAUUGGAAGGUCAGUACAAGGAAGAAGACAUUCAGAGUCGAGGUGCUGAGGCACUUGGCGACAUGGACAACACCAGAUACCGAACUCUACUGGAGGCCAAUAAUUUGAUCCCCAAAGAUAAGGCACUGGUGUUUCACAUCGCACAACUUACUCACGCUGUUCAGCAUUAUGACAGUACGUUUGGCGCACACAAGAAUCCGAACUGGAAGGCAAAACAUGCUCGCUGGCAGGACUACGAUCGAGAAGACUCGGUGACAUGGUACGGUAUUGACGGAAAGAAAUACGGUGACGCCGUCAGAACGAUGUACGUCAACGAGAUCGAAGGUCCUAGUAAGAAAGAGGCAGACCCUCCAAGUCUCACACCGACAUUCUUGAACCCUGGGAGAUUGACGAUAUCUGAGCUUUGGAAAGCCGAGGGCUAUAAACUCUACGAUGGUUAUUCCGGUGAUCAGAUGAAAGGAACGACAGCUCACAGAUAUGCAGUCUUUGCCUGGCCUGUUACCAAGAACUUCGAGUAUACUUUCAAGCUCGCCAACAUCGAGGCAGCAGCCGCUGUCCUCCAAACCCAGGAGGACGUUGAUGCGAGUACUCUUCGAGAGUUUAUCGAACGGGCAAGUGAAAAGGUAGCUCACAUAAAGAAACGUGGCUCUUCUGGACGCCGGUAUAACCACGAGGAUCCAAAGCCAGACAAUUUGAGCUUUUGCCGGAUGAUGACCGAGUUCAUUGUGAAGUCUGGCGAUGCCUCAUUGGUUGGCUUGUUGCUGGAGAAAUUCAUUAAUGGAACGCAGUUUUAA